UGCGUCUUAUCUUCAAGUAGUACGGCCUAACGCACAAGCUAGGCAAGCCUUUUGUUUUUAAAUGUCAAGAUUCAUCUGUGGAUUAUUUGAUAGAAAAUGAUCGUGACAAUUGUUUAAAAUAAUGGGCGAUUUUCUAGCAGCUAAUAAUGUCUGCGGACAAAAUUUAUUACGAUUGGUAUCUCGCGGAAAUGCUAUUAUAGCUGAAUUAAUGCGAUUGAAAGACUAUGUACCACCCUUUUUUAGCUUGGAUUCAAAGCAAUCAAUUCAGAAGUACGGAUCAAUCAUAAUCGAUUUUGCAUAUUUUAAAGCAGCCAGUAUUUAUGAGCAAAAAAUAGAAGAUGAUCCUAUACUCCAAGAAACAGAUGAGGAGCUACGAAAUAAUUUCUCAGACAUACUCACAAGGUUUUACUUAGCUUUUGAGAGUAUACAUAAGUAUGUUACAGAUCUAAACUUUUAUAUUGAUGAAUUGGGAGAUGGAGUUUACAUACAUCAAUCAGUAGACUCUAUUAUGUUUAAUGAAGAAGGAAAGCAAUUAAUGUGUGAGGCUGUAUAUCUAUAUGGAGUCAUGCUAUUAUUGGUUGAUUACCACUUUGAAGGACGAAUUCGUGAAAGAUUACUUGUGUCUUAUUAUCGAUAUAAUGCACAGAGAUCUUCUUCCACAAGAGUAGAUGAUGUUUGUAUGUUGCUUCGUUCGACGGGAUAUGUAAGAACACUGUCCAAAAGACCAGCUAAUUAUCCUGAAGAAUAUUUUAAGAGAGUAUCUUUACGAGAUUUUCUAAUAGAUCUUGUUAUCGGCCGAUUGCGUUCGGACGAGAUUUACAAUCAGACCCUUGCUUUCCCGCAUCCUGAACACCGAAGUACUGCUGUUUCUACGCAAGCAUCGAUGUUAGUGAUAAUAUUGUCGUUUAAACCAGCUGUACUUCAUACACAAACUGCUAUUAUGAGGGAAGUAGUGGACAGAUUUUUUCCCGACAAUUGGGUAAUUAGUAUUUACAUGGGAACAGUGAUCAAUCUGUGCGAUUGGUGGUCUCCGUAUAAAGCUGCGCGAACAGCACUGAAUAAUACGCUCGAGAAUUCUAAUGUGAAAGGAAUUGCGCAGAAGUAUGGAACAAAGAUGGAUAAACUAAUACAAGAGACGGACGAAGUACAGAAGGCAGGCACGUUGGAUGAGAAUGCAACGGGUUCCUUGGUCAAAUUAAUGAGGGAAUCUAAUGUUACGCUGCACUGGAUUCUUCUACAUACAACCAUGCCCACUAUAGCUCUGGAGGAUUCGAAACGUUCGCGUACUUUGCGCCAAUUGGUCGUGAGCGAGAGCAAGUAUACUACAACGAAUUGUCUCCGAUUAUUAUUAAGCACUGCUCAAAUUGAACAGGAUGUUAAACAGAUGUAUAAAGAUUUGCUGCUUGGAAAAGAGGCGAAGUGGCUCAAAGAUAAAGAAACAUGUGUCGAACGUAUAACUGAUCUUGCACAAAUUUUUGGCGGCACUAAACCUCUGGAUGGUAUUGAUAAAAACCAAAAUCUUUAUUCGUGGUUCAUGGAAAUCAGUAAGCACAUCGAUUCGUUGAAGCAAGAGGACGGGAGAAAGAUAGUACAGCUGUUGCAAGCGCUGGAACAAGUGCAAGAAUUUCACCAGUUAGAAAAUAAUCUACACAUUUCACAGUAUCUGGCUGACACGCGCGAGACUUUACACAAUAUGUUGCGUACAGGCAGCAUAUCCGAAGAUAUUAUGAUAAGCUUAAAUAUUGUAACGGACUGUUGCUAUGCGUGGAAUAUUAUGGAAUCUUUUAUCGACGUGAUGCAAGAGAGUAUUAAAGAAAAUCCACCGACGGUUAUCAAAUUGAAGGCUCUCUUUCUUAAAAUGGCUUCGGCAUUAGAAACUCCAUUGUUAAGGGUAAAUCAAGCGCGAAGCGCAGAUCUAUCCUCGGUAUCCCAAUACUAUAGUAGAGAACUAGAAGGAUAUGCCAGACGUGUUUUGCAAAUUAUACCGGAGACAGUAUUUGGUUUAUUAGCGCAGAUUGUACAUCUCGAGACGCAUGCAUUUAAAGAAAUUCCAACGAAAUUACCAAAAGAUAAACUUAAAGACUAUGCACAAUUGAACGAGAGACUGCAGAUGGCUAAAUUAACAUAUGCAGUAUCAGUUUUUACAAAGGGUGUUUUGUCACUGAGAAGUGUCUCUCUAGGAGUUUUAAGGGUUGAUUCGCAUCGUCUUUUAGAGGACGGUAUACGUCAAGAGCUCUCAAAGAAAAUUAGUUUAGCAUUAUACAAUGGCCUCAACUUUGAUCAGAAAUCUAAGACAUCUCUUCUGCAAAAAUUGUCUAAUUUAUCUUCAAUUAUGGAUGGAUAUAGAAAAUCUUUUCAAUAUAUUCAGGAUUACAUUAAUAUAAACAGUUUGAAGAUAUGGCACGAAGAAAUUAUAUACAUCAUAAAUAACGCAGUGGAAGAAGAACGUAGAGGCUUUUCCUGGGUACCAGGAAAAUCAUGGAGACAAUUCCAGGAAGAUAAGUGUACAAUUUCAACGGACAAUAAUUCUCUGACUUUUAUGGGCAGGCUUGCCAGAGAACUCAUUCGUAUCACCGACCCACGAACUACUGUAUAUAUAGAUCAUUCUCUAGCGUGGUAUGACAUUAAAACGCAAAAUGAAAUCUUAAACUACAAAGUCUUCUCCGUGAUAUUAGAAACGAUAGGUACUCCAGGAUUAUCGGGAUUGGAUAAGCUCAUCUCUUUUUACAUCGUUAUGGAACUGGAAGCUUUGGUUCAUUAUAUAGAGAGAAGUAUACGGAGUAAGACAUGGACGUCGAUGUUGGAGGAUUGCGAGACUACUUUGAGUACCUUAGACAGUGCUAAAGGUAACAUCACGAAACUUCAUAAUUCCGUAAAUGCUAGUAGCAACAAAUUAUGGUUACCAGCACUCGAAUGGACAUUGAAAAUAGGUCAUUAUCAAUUACUCAGAAAAAAGAUAGCGUAUGAGCUGAACACCGCUUGCAAAUUUGAAGCGAAACAUAUGGAAGCGGCACUCCGGACAUUGAAUACAGCAAUCUUGUGCGAAAUAGCAAACAAAGAUAACAGUAGUGAAACCGAGUCGGAGAAAAGCGAAUUGCUUCACGAACUCAGCGUGCGAUUGGACUGGGCUGGCAUUAGCGAUCCGCACAAUAAAGUUUAUAUCAAGCCACCAAAGAUAGAUAAUAUAGCUCUUAUUGUGUUCUUAUUCACAGUGUCGCAGUUGAACAAAUUGAUAUAUUGCAAAAAUACAGCAAGUCUGUUAAGCAAGAGAUAUCAAGAUCCUGUCGACGCUACGGUAUUUGCGAUAGGCCUACAAACGAUCCUUCGUCAAUUCCACGUCUCUGUGAUGAAUCGAUAUAUAAAAUAUUUAUGUAUGUAUAUCCUGUCAUUCCUCACCGUGGAAAGCAUGAAAGCAGGUAGCGACACAGAAACCGAAGGAGCUACUAAUCUUCAUUUCCUGGAGCUUUUUGUGAAAUAUUCCGGUAUUCCACGUUCUCUUAUUCUUAAAGAGAUACCUGUUGUCGUUUUAGAUCAUUCUUUAGUUAAAAUGGCGAAAUAAUGCAAUAAUACGAAGUAAUAUUAUCUAUACACUGUAUA